GGCAGCACCGCUCGGGCGCUGGGGAAACCGCGGGGGCUGACGGGAUCGUGGCGGUCCCAGGAGGGUGGGGCGGGUCUGCAGCAGGGCGGACGGGGGGUGGCCGGAGCCAGAGACCCGGAUCCCUCUGGCAUCAGGAUGUUCUUCACUUGCGGCCCCAAUGAGGCCAUGGUGGUCUCGGGCUUCUGCCGCAGCCCCCCAGUGAUGGUGGCGGGGGGCCGGGUCUUCGUCCUCCCCUGCAUCCAGCAGAUCCAGAGGAUCUCCUUGAACACGCUGACCCUGAACGUGAAGAGCGAGAAGGUUUAUACCCGGCACGGGGUCCCCAUCUCCGUCACCGGCAUCGCCCAGGUGAAGAUCCAGGGCCAGAACAAGGAGAUGCUGGCGGCCGCCUGCCAGAUGUUCCUCGGCAAGUCGGAGAGCGAGAUCACCCACAUCGCGCUGGAGACGCUGGAGGGGCAUCAGCGGGCCAUCAUGGCCCACAUGACUGUGGAGGAAAUCUACAAGGAUCGGAAGAAGUUCUCGGAGCAGGUUUUCAAAGUAGCCUCCUCAGACCUGGUCAACAUGGGCAUCAGCGUGGUGAGCUACACGCUCAAGGACAUUCACGACGACCAGGAUUAUCUGCACUCGCUGGGGAAAGCCAGGACCGCCCAGGUGCAGAAAGACGCCCGGAUGGGGGAAGCCGAGGCCAAGAGAGAUGCCGGCAUCAAGGAGGCCGAGGCGAAGCAGGAGAAGCUCUCUGCCCAGUACUUGAGUGAGAUCGAGAUGGCCAAGGCACAGCGGGACUACGAGCUGAAGAAAGCCACCUACGACAUCGAGGUGAACACCCGCAAGGCCGAGUCCGACCUGGCCUAUCAGCUGCAGGUGGCCAAGACCAAGCAGAAGAUUGAGGAGCAGAAGAUGCAGGUGCUGGUGGUGGAGCGGACCCAGCAGAUCCAGCUGCAGGAGCAGGAAAUCAUCCGCAAGGAGCACGAGCUGGAGGCCAUGGUCAAGAAGCCGGCCGAGGCCGAGCGCUACCGGCUGGAGAAGCUGGCAGAGGCCCAGAGGUGCCAGCUCAUCAUGCAGGCGGAGGCUGAAGCAGAGUCCCUGAAGGUGAAGGGGGAGGCGCAGGCCUUCGCCAUUGAGGCCAAGGCGCGGGCGGACGCCGAGCAGAUGUCCAAGAAGGCGGAGGCGUUCCAGCAGUACCAGGAUGCCGCCAUGGUCGACAUGCUGCUGGAGAAGCUGCCCCAGGUGGCGGAGGAGAUCAGCAAGCCGCUGAGCGCGGUGAAGAAGAUCACCAUGGUGUCGAGCGGCAGCCAGGGCGUGGGCGCUGCCAAGAUGACGGGGGAGGUGCUGGACAUCAUGAGCAAACUCCCCGACACUGUGGAGAAACUCACCGGCAUCAGCAUCUCCCAGGGGGUCCAGAGGCGUCCGUGACUCUGUUCUGCGAUCAGGGUUCCUGGGAGCGACGUGCUGACCCUGCUCCCCCUGUUGGUUUUGCCUCCUGCCCACAGAUGAGUCAGAAGAAGCCGGGGCGAAUGUCCUAGUUGCUGGAAGUCAGGGGGGGCUCUGCCCUGAGCUGCGCAUGUCCCUGAGCCCCCGCCCUUCUCCUUGCUGUGUCUGCGUCUCGGGCCCCCACUCACGCUGGCUGCCCCCCUGAGGGGGCUCUGUGCGGGGCGCCAGCCACCAAGCCCCGUGGGUCAGUGCCAUCUCCCGUGUACCCUCGCCAGCCCCCCAACCUCUCCCCCUCCCAGAAGAGCUGGGGGGGGCGUUUGCUCCUCACACCACCCUAACCUCGCCUGGGCCUUGUAUUCCUGGGGGAUCAGCCCCCCAGCCGUCUUCUCUUCACAUCCAAGAUCAUCCUGAGGGAGAAGCUCCGUCCCCUCCAGCUCUGGAAUGGCGGGUGCCGUGGCUUUAUUGUCAUUCGGGGGGGUGCCACUUUCCAGUCUGAUUUCUCAAGCCCCACAGAGUGAGAAACAACCCCUUUACACUACAGGAAAGCUCGGGAUUUCCUCUUUUCAAUGCCACCAACCUCUUAUUUCUACUCCUAAUGCGGCCUGAGAUAUCUCCCCUUAAAGCCCCAUCGUUUUCAGAAGCCUCUGGCUUCCUUUUCCCUUGCACCGGCCCGGAUUUAGCGGCUCCUCUCUCUCGAGUGGCCAAACCCCCAAGUAAAAGGCCGAUACCGGCCGAAAGCCAAACCACACCCGCCGCACGGGUCUGCCUGCUGAAGCCGGGUGGGAGAAGCGAGGCAAGAAGGUAAUCGGACGGAUGGCAAAGGGCAGAGCGUUCGUUUGGCAUCGGGCUGGAGCUGUGGGGUGUGGUAUUUCACGGCCGCCCGGGGCUGUAAACGCGCGAGAUGCUCUUCCGUAGCACCAGUCCCGGCCGUGGGUCAGGAAGAGAUGGGAGCGAACCCUUUUUUGGGGCGGAGAUGGGGCAGAGCACCCAGGAUCCAGUCGUCCCAGCGCCUCUGGAUGUGGGGUGCAGGUGGGGGGAUCUCAUCGCCACUACGGGGCGCAGGAUGGAAUGGAGCGGUUCUUUCCCCGGGGGCGGGGGGGAUUUCAAGCCCCUGCCCCCUUUCGCCUCUCCAACUGGUUUUUCACUCACGCUGUGUGGCCAAAGUAAACUCUUCUGCCCCUCCCCCCGCCCCCCCCCCGGGGAAAGUCCCCAUUCCCCAUCCCCUUGAGCCAGCCGGCAACCCGUAGAGGGGAAGGGCCCUGUGUCCUUUUCAUUGACCCCGUCAGUCCCCUGCCCUGGGGCUGGUGCCCCCUUGAGGGGAAAAGCCCCAUAUGUGUACACAGCCCCCAGCUGCUAUACCCCCCUCCACCACUAGGGGUUCCCCCUCCCUCAUGUUUCCCCUUCCUGCAAUGUGCCCCCCACCCCCGAGACAUUCCCAGGCUUCAGGGCCGAAGGGGGCCUAAUCCCUCCUUCCCCUGCCCUGGGGCUGGUGCCCCCUCGAGGGGAAAAGCCCCCUGUCUGUACACAGCCCCCACCCAAUCCCUCCUUGCCCUGUCCUGGGGCUGUGCUGGGGUGGGGGUCCCAGAACCUGGGCCACGGUCCGUGGCUCCCCCCUCCGACCCUCUGUGUGUGCUGGUGCCCCGAAUGUGUGGGGCGCAUGAAGGUGCCUUCUCUGCCCUGCCCCCCCCCCCCCCCCCCGUGUAAGUGAGCCUGUGUAUAUGUCGCUGAUACCUGUCCCCCCAGCCCAUUAAACGUCCUGGUGUGUGAA